AUGAGUGGAGUGACUAAGUUGCCAGUUAAUGAUGAUGAUGACAAGAAGCCUGAGAAGCAGCGAUGGGCCUGGAUAAAAUGUUAUGGCCGCUUAUUACUGAAAAUAUUUGCCGCCAUGCUCACCAUCUAUGUCUGCAUACUGUCCUCGGAGCGUUACUUCAAAUUUUGGGUGCAAACCACCAUUGAGCGCACUGAUGUCCACAUUUCGGAAAUUGCCUUUCCGGCCAUCACCAUUUGCCCUACGCAUUUGACAUUGGACAGCUUGAAUAAUACAAAUACUAAGCAGCGAGAAUUGAGUCGUAUGAACCGACUCUAUAAUCUGAUCCAGAGCAUUCAAUUAAAACCCGUGCUAAGUGAAGAAGAAGUCGCCACGAAUUUUACAGAAUUUGAGGAUUACUACAACCAAUCUAUAUCCGAAUUUGGCAGCACACUCUACCGUGGCUACCAGUGCAGCGAUUUGUUCAACAAAUGUACGUGGCGACGUCGCGAAGUCGAUUGCUGUAGCAUCUUCCAAAGCUUUGGCUAUGGUCGGGCUCAAUGUUAA